AUGUCCGGUGUUCACGGCCAGGUGCUGCAGCACCUCGUGAAGCGUGGCGUUGAAGCCGCGCAAUCGCACUUCGCAGGACCAAAGCAGGAGUACAUGCAACAACUGCAGCACGAUGCCGAGCUCUACGAUCAGGCUGGCCCGGAAAUGGAGGUCACACCCUGGGAGAUGCUGCCCAUCGUCAUCACUGGACUCUUGACGAUGCUCUUGGUCGCUUCGAUCCGAUACACUAUCGGCGAAGUGAUGGCAUCACUGACCAUGAUCGAGUCGCAAACGAGCACCGCUAUCAUCGAGGACAAGCCGCCAGCCUACGCCGACGAGCCCGACGCACCACUCGAGAAGGAGUCUCUCCUGCCAGCUGAGGCCGAGGCAGACGUCGAGGUCACAUUGAUCAGGAACACACCAAUUACCGCGAACAUUACAACGACUAUUGAACACUUGCAACGGGUUGGAGGGUUCCGUGCUCGAUGGAGGGGUCUUGGUGUCAGCAUGGUCUACCACUUCCUCCAUGCGACAAUCAGCAACUUCCUGUCUGCGCUGCUCGGACUCGGUAUCUUCGGCCACGCGCUUGUCUACAUCUUCACAUCAGUCAGCUUGGCUCGCCUCCACUUGGUCUGGACACACGCGAUGAUCGCACAGCCAUCUGCCAAGCCAUUCUGGCGCCGCAUUGUUCCCCGAAAGCAAGCCAAGGCCAUCCUCUUGCCAGCCUUCGUCUUUGCAGCUGCUCAGCAAGCUACCUGCAUCCUGCCGGUCGCGGUCGCCUUCAUGGUUGGUCUGCCAGAUGUACAGAAGGAGCACGUCGUGCAGGCUGCGCAGCACAAGGACUGUGCUAUGAUCGGCCUUUUGAGCCUGCGCUUCCUUGCUGUCCCAGCUACUGGGCUCUUCGUGGCAUUCAUGAUCCUGCUGCCAGCGACGGUCACCCUCACCCGCAUCGAGGCCCUUCUUCUCCCAGAGAACGAGGACACGAUCGUGCCUUUCGAUCGCCAGGCCAUCGUCGGCGGCAUUGACAUGACCGCUCGCGGCAGCUCGAAGCAGCUCUUCGUCAACGCAUGGCGCUCUUUCGACCGUACAUCUCGGUGGAGGCUGAUCAAGCUCUACGUGAAGAUGGUCUUCAUCCAGAUUGCCGUCAUCUUCACUGCCGUCCACCUCAUGGCAGCAGAGCUUUACGUCAUUGGUGGCGAGCGAUUGGGCGUGUUGGCUAAGAGUGCCGUUGCUCAGAUGCAGCUUAUCGCCAUCGAGGCUCACAAGAACCAAGUUGCAAACUAA